AAAUUCAGUUAUUUUUAUUCUUCAUAGGUAAAAUAUAUGUACUAGAAAAAGAGAAAUUUCUAUCUAAGUGUGUUUAGUAUGAAAAAAUGGAGAAAUGAGUUUUGACACAUCUUAUAUGCAGAUUUUACACUAAAGAAAAAUUCGAAAAUGUUGCGUUUAAUAAAAAGAAGUUGAAAAAAUUCGCAAAAUCUAAGUUAGCAUAAACAUUUAUCAUCAAAAACACUAUCAGUCGAGUCCUGUAAAAGAUGGGUUACUGAUCCGCUAAAGAUAUUAUUAGUAAAGUCAUUCGCGACUGGCAAGAUAAUUUUCGAAGCCCAGUUCCCGUCAAAGAGAACAGAGUGGGGAGAAACUUUACGUGUGUGGGACUAAAUGUGUGCAUCAGGUUGAACGCGCUCCAGCGAUUCUACAAGACUAGACGUGCUCAUAGUCGCGAGGACUGUGUGAGAGCCAGUGGUGGGGAGUACGAUACUCACACAGCGACAGGCCCAUUGCAUGUAAACCUGCGAUCGAUAGCUGCGAGUGUGUUUUCUAAUACAUAUAAGCUUUUUACGGCACGUGCCGCGCGUGUGGCCAUAGCCUCCCACUCUAAAUUGUUCCUCUACUCGGAAGAAGAAACGUUUUGGUCGUUUGGCUUGCCAGUCAUUUUCAUUUACGCUAUUUUGGCCCUUGUCUGCUUAAAUUGCAAUCAAAAUUGUUUGAAGAUUAUUCGACUGAACAAUGGAAAGUGAUACUAUUGAACAUGUUAAUAAACGACCGAAAAGAAAUCCAAAAAUGCCAAGUAGAUUUAAAAAUACGACUUAUGAUGUAAAUUACAAGAUUAAUACGGGGCAAGCUGGACCAAGCAAUCAGGCAGAAAGUAAUUCUAAUACUGAAGGCAUUGAACGCGAAGAGAUGCAAUCGGCACCAUCAAAAAAUGCAGAUGAUACUCAUCAUGAUAAUCAGACACUCGCAAUGGCACAAGAUGAAAUACUUAAUACAAAAAGUAACUGUAAUACUGAAGGCAUUGAACGCGGAAAUAUGCAAUUGGCACCAUCAAAAAAUGCAGAUGAUACUCAUCAUGAUAAUCAGACACUUGCAAUGGCACAAGAUGAAUUACUUAAUGUAAGUUAGAAAAUUU